AUGGUCACCCACAGCAAGUGUCCCGCCGCCGCCGGGAUGAGCCGCCCGCUGGACGCCAGCCUGCGCCUCAAGACCUUCAGCUCCAAGAGCGAGUACCAGCUGGUGGUGAACGCCGUGCGCAAGCUGCAGGAGAGCGGCUUCUACUGGAGCGCCGUGACGGGCGGCGAGGCCAACCUGCUGCUCAGCGCCGAGCCCGCCGGCACCUUCCUCAUCCGCGACAGCUCGGACCGCCGCCACUUCUUCACGCUCAGCGUCAAGACGCCGUCGGGCACCAAGAACCUGCGCAUCCAGUGCGAGGGCGGCAGCUUCUCGCUGCAGAGCGACCCGCGCAGCACGCAGCCCGUGCCCCGCUUCGACUGCGUGCUCAAGCUGGUGCACCACUACAUGCCCCCGCCGCCCGGGGGCGCCGCCUGCCCGCCGCCGCCCGCCCCCGGGCCCCCCGCCCGCAGGGCCUACUACAUCUACUCCGGCGGCGAGAAGAUCCCGCUGGUGCUGAGCCGGCCGCUCUCCUCCAACGUGGCCACCCUCCAGCAUCUCUGUCGGAAGACGGUCAACGGCCACUUGGACUCCUACGAGAAGGUCACCCAGCUGCCCGGCCCCAUCAGGGAGUUCCUGGACCAGUACGACGCCCCGCUUUAG